AUGACAGCGCUGUCCCCCAACCUGUCGUGCCACAACCCCUCCAUCGACGACUUCCGCAACAGCGUCUACUCCACGCUCUACUCCAUGAUCAGCAUCAUGGGCUUUGUGGGCAAUGGCGUGGUGCUGUACGUGCUGAUCCGCACGUACCGGCAGAAAACGGCCUUCCAGAUCUACAUGCUCAACCUGGCCCUGUCCGACUUCCUGUGCGUGCUCACGCUGCCCCUGCGCGUCAUUUACUACGUGCACAAGGGCCACUGGUUCUUCAGCGACUUCCUGUGCCGCCUCUCGUCCUACGCGCUCUACGUCAACCUCUACUGCAGCAUCUUCUUCAUGACGGCCAUGAGCUUCUUCCGCUGCAUCGCCAUCGUCUUCCCGGUCCGCAACAUCAGCCUGGUGUCGGAGAAGAAGGCCAAGUUUCUGUGCGUGGGCAUCUGGGUGUUCGUCACGCUGACGAGCGCGCCCUUCCUGCGGAACGGCACCUACCAGCACGGCAACAAGACCAAGUGCUUCGAACCGCCCGAGAACUCCCAGAAGACAAACAUGGUGGUGAUCCUGGAUUUCAUCGCCCUCUUCGUGGGCUUCAUCUUCCCCUUCGUCAUCAUCACCAUCUGCUACACCAUGAUCAUCCGCACCCUGCUGCGCAACUCGCUGCGGAAGAACGAGGCCAACCGCCGCAAGGCCGUGUGGAUGAUCGUCAUCGUCACGGCCACCUUCCUGGUGAGCUUCACGCCGUACCACGUGCUGCGCACGGUGCACCUGCACGCGCUGCGCCUGCGCGGCCCCGGCUGCGCCGACACCGUGUUCCUGCAGAAAGCCGUCAUCGUCACCCUGCCCCUGGCAGCCGCCAACUGCUGCUUCGACCCCCUCCUCUACUUCUUCUCCGGGGGAAACUUCCGGCAGAGACUCACCACGCUGAGGAAGGCGUCCUCCUCCAGCUUGUCGCAAGCCUUCAGGAAAAAGAUCUCCGUGAAGGAAAAGGAGGAGGAACCCUUUGGAGAAAACCAGAGGGAGAAUGGAAAGGCAGCUGUGGCUCCUUUGUAA